AUGCAAUGUUCAGUUGUUCGUCAAGUUCCGGUUUCGAAUUCCAAUGACGACUUAAAAGAGAUCGCGGUGAGUUGCAAAAACCAGUCGGAGUUGCGAAGGUUAGCUAUCAACAGCACUUCAUUAAACGAAGCCAUAAAGGUCCUCUGUCAGGACCCUAUUGAUCAAUCUGAACACGAGAAUUUGAUACUACUUUGUGAUCCGCACCACACGAACGGUCACUGCUGUGGCGGAAUAAGUUAUCAUCCACUUUCACAGCUGUGCUGUUCAGGCGCUAUUCAACCGGUUAGUGGUCCUCAAUACUCUUGCUGCGGGAAAACUUUCUACAAUACUGGAACACAGCUCUGUUGCUCAGGUGUCGUGAGACCAAAGAGUCACUCACAAAACGCUUGCUGUGGAACUUCAGCUUACGACACUACCAGACAGAUCUGUUGCAUUAAAUCCAUCUUUCCAAAAUUCUACGGCAGAACUCUUGCCAAAUGUUGUGGAUCUGCACGCUAUAAUCCCACCACCGAAGGAUGCUGUGCUUGGAGACAGCCAUAUUCUACCUCUACUCAACUCUGCUGUGGAGGAAAGGUUGUUCAGAAAAUCAGAGGCUAUGCCUGCUGUGGAAAAAGAGUUUAUAACACCAACACCCAGCUAUGCUGUGGUGGUGUUGUUCAUCCAAUACCAAGACAUGGACCGGUGAGCUGUUGUGGCACCACAGUGAUCUUCACCAAUCAUCAAAGUUGCUGCGGCAAUAGAGUGUAUAACCCAUCAACUCAGGUUUGCUGCUCAGGAGUAAUCUCCAAAAAACCACACGGUGUAUCAAAUCCAAGAUGCUGUAAAACCCUACCCUACAACCCAAACACUCAAUUUGUUGCUCAGGAGUAA